AUGGCCAAAAAUUAUGUAAGAAAAUCUACAAGAUGCUCAACUUAUGAUGGUGAAAGUUUGAAAAAAGCAUUGGAUGCUCUAACCAAUGGCCAGUUACUUAGUAAAGUUAUCAGAGAAUAUGGAGUUCCUGCAAGAACUUUAAGAAGACAUCAAAAAGCCAUGACAACAUCUCCGGAAACUAUAAAGCUUAGUCGGCUUAUUUUGAUAGUUUUUCUACACAGUCCUUUUGCCCCAUGCAUGGGACAAAAAGCCCAUUUUAUAGAGGUCUACGAUGUAGUCACUCAUCAAAGUCUCAACUACGGCUUCUUGCCCUAA